AUGUCUAGAAAAGAGAACACUGAGAGGACGUGUGGUGGCGCUUUCGAUGUACAGCUCCACUGGAAGUGCCGGGUAUUGACAGUUGUGAGGUCUCAUCUGAGUGGAGACCCAGAGAAAAUGGCAAAGCUCUCCUUCACAUAUAACACGAACUUGGGUGUCACGAUACUGCUGAUAAUCGAACGCCAAAAACUCGAACAACCAGCCGCGAAAUGGGAUGGUACCCUACUGUCUAAUACUGAUAGUAUUCAUAGCAAAGCUCAGAGCUUCAGGUUCCGCGAUCUGAGUGACAACCAAACGGCAGUUGUUACCAAUAUCGUAACAACUAUGACCAGCCUUCCCGAUAAGAAUAGCCCUCUCAUUGACAUUCUGCUGUAUGCAAGCAGUCUGACAACUCUAUUCAUCAUUCACUGUGCCUUUCAUAUGCGAGAAGGUGUACUAAGUUUGGAUGCCACCGAAGCUCGAUUGUCACGACCUACCUUCACCGCAAACCGUCGGUUGUCACUGAAAUCUUCAAAGCGGGGACACUUCUCUCACUUCUCUACAAAACUGUCUUCCCUCUCCCUCUUCCACUACGCUAUGUGGGAUUCACAACAUUACGACAUCACGAUCCACUCAGCGCGUAGACUACAGCCAACGAAGCGCACACAGUCAGUGGCGCGACGACAUCAAACAGCAAGCCCGCUAUUGAGAAGAGGCAGCAUAGCAGAAGAUGACAUUCAGACUCUUUUGUGCAAGAGACGAGGGCAUUCACGGCUACCUCAAAAGAAAGCGCCAUCUUCUACGAGCGCGCCAGGCAUCCCAAAAAUCCCAGAACAGUCUACGUAUGCCAUCCAUUCCAGCUUCUCGAGUGAUGUGAUUGUAGAGAGGAAUGUGACCGCGCAGAAAAUUCCGCAUUGGAGCAUUCAGGGUGCUUCUCUCCCACCUGGCCGACUGAAGCAGAAAAUUCCGCAUAGGAGCAUUCAGGUUGCUUCUCCCCCACCUGGCCGACUAAAGCAGUUCAAAUCCAAGGGAUGUGGUUGCGAGGAGGAAUGGCACGCCAAGAGAACGCGUUCAGCUUGCUCCCGAAGCAGUGAUGGACAUGGUCUCGGGCCGUCUACGCCCAAGCAUGGGGUUCUGAUCCCGAGGGAAUCACUACUACAAAGAACUUAUGAUGAUUGGCAAGACCCAGGGAAGGAGAUUGGCCGUAUUGGCAUAGUCAGAGAUGUCUUGUUCCUGCCCGUUUCAUCAUCAAUGUUCAUGAAAUUCCACUCACUUGGCUCCACGAGUAGUACCAUUUUUCUCUCAAUGGACAUCCGACAUGCAUCGAAGCGUGAUCUUGCGUUCACCCGGCUGAUAACAAACCGUCAUGCAAGCCCAAGGUCUUCAUGA